UACACACGCCUAUAUAUAAUCAGAGAAAGUUCUGAUCAUGUCCCCUCUCCUCCUCUACAAAUCUCUCGAUCUCCAUACCUUAACAAAACCCCUCUGUUAAACAAACACUUUUAGAUUUCAUUCAUCAAUAAAUUCAGGAUUUUGUUCAAUUGGGUUUUUAUGGACACCCUUUAUCUUGUUUUCAAUUGGGGUGUUUCUAUUUUUGGGAUUUAUGUUGUAAAUAUUGGAUUUUGAAAUUAGGGUUUUGUUAUAUAUAUAGAAAAAAAUAGUUGACAUUUUGAUUUGAUGGGGAAUAAGUUGGGAAGAAGAAGACAAUUAGUUGAUGAAAAGUAUACAAGACCACAAGGAUUGUAUCAACAUAAAGAUGUAGAUCAUAAGAAGCUUAGAAAGCUUAUACUUGAUUCUAAACUUGCUCCUUGUUAUCCUGGUGAUGAUGAUUGUAGUUGUGAUCUUGAAGAAUGCCCUAUUUGUUUCUUGUAUUAUCCAAGUCUAAAUAGAUCAAGAUGUUGCAUGAAAGGCAUUUGUACCGAGUGUUUCUUGCAAAUGAAGACACCCAAUUCUACGCGCCCAACACAAUGUCCAUUUUGUAAAACAUUGAACUACGCUGUGGAGUAUAGAGGCAUGAAGAGCAAGGAGGAAAAGGGGCAGGAACAAAUUGAAGAACAAAGGGUGAUAGAAGCCAAAAUAAGAAUGAGACAACAAGAAAUUCUGGAUGAAGAGGAACGAAUGCUAAAAAGGCAAGAUAUGAGUUCCUCAAGUAGGAUAAAUGAACCAAGUGAAGCUGAAUAUUUCUCCCAAGCAGCGACAACUUCUUCUGAAGGUGAGGAAAUCAUUUCUGCUCCACAUUCGGUUGGUGCAACAAUUAGAUAUCCUCAACGUUCUAGGGAGAACAGAGAAGACGAGUUUGACCUUGAUCCUGAAAAUAUAAUGCUCAUGGAAGCUAUCUGGUUGUCGUAUCAGGAGGAUAACAAGCAUCAACACCAUAAUUCCAACUAUGGCGAUGCUGCCCAGUUAGCAAAAUAUGCAACUGAAGUUCGUGUUUUAGCGUCUAUGGCUCCACAAGCCGAAUCAUCAGCCUCAACAUCAUCACCUUCUGGGGGUCUUGCAUGUGCCAUAGCCGCUCUGGCUGAACGGCAGCAAAAGGGAGGAGAAUCAUCAACCAAUUACAGCCACUACGGUGGGAAUAUGUCAACAUACAACGUGCAUCCAGACCAUAGCUCAACAGGGUUAUCACUUGAUAGCCAUCUGCAAAUAGAUCAUGAUGGUUCAGAUGAAUUGACUGAACCAGUCUAUGGGUAUGAUAAUUCAAGUGCAGUAGAUGAUAUAAGCAGGGGACAACGCGGUCAACAGGAUGAAAUGGAGAAUGGUUAUGGUGGGGGGAGUAUAGUUGUUCCCGAGAGCUUCGAAGAGCAGAUGAUGCUAGCCAUGGCAGUUUCGCUGGCAGAGGCUCGAGCUAGGACUAGUACACCAGAAGUUGCUUGGAUUUAGCUUGUGUGUUUUAAGGAGUGUUUGUGUUGGUAUACAGUAUGUAAAACAGAAAAGAUUAGUUUAGGUUUGUGGGUAGAGCUUUAAAUCAUGAAACCAUACAGAUAUAUGUAGCUCCCUCCCCCUUCUCCCUCAUAAGAUUUCAGUGUCUUGUAUCAUUUGUUGUUAGUGAGGGAAUUCAGAUUCAGGUUUGAAAAGUGAAGUCAGUGAUUGUCUUUGGCCAUA